AGCGAAAAGUUUGCCUUGUGUUGCUGCUUAUCCACUUAGUCCUGGCUAUGAACAUACCAGGUGAGCUAUUCUUGAAGUAACUGAUGUUAGUUUACUGUGGAUUUAUCACAUUAACAUCAAUUGAGUUAAAAGACUGCUUUUUAUUCAUACGGUGCCACGAGUUACACACCUCGUUAGUGACUGUUCCGUGACCAGAAUAAUCCCUUGUUUUUCUUUUCUCAAGUUCGUGAGUUUGAUAACCAAAAUUAGAACCUUAUACUCUCAGACUGAUUCAACUUGUCUAUUCAUUUACCAUGUUGUUUGUCUUAAGUACGGUGCCAUAUAUAGCAGACAGUUAACAUCUCCUACAAAGCUUUUAUCGAUCGACUCCUCUUGAGGGCUUUUAUAUGCACUUAUUGGAAUUGAUGAGCUUGAUUAACUUGUCAAUAAAUUAUAUUAUAUAAACUGCUCUCCGCUCACCGUCAUUUCAUGAGUGGUAAAAAAUUGCUCCAAUUCACAUCAUGCCUAAUCAAUAAAAGAUGAGAUUUUAUAGACCGCAGUUAGUCACUUGUGCGGCAUUUAAAAGUCGUCCAAAGUUGUUAUUAACUUAUUUUAUCGCUGAUUUUUUAUCAGGUCUCAAAGCCCAGCUUGUUGGUAAGUCAUGAACUAAUACAAAAUUUUUAGCAUUUGAGCCACUUCAGAUUAUGGACCUACUUCAUUUUCAGUAUUUUGUAUUUUCAUCAAAGAAUAUUUAUGGCGGCGCAGUAUUCCUGUAGCUGUAAAUUGAACAAGGAUGUCUACAGAAAAUGUCUAUGUUGAUAAGAUUGCUGUCACACAUUAGCGAAGGCGUGAUACAAAGGCUUGAUAAUAUUGACUGACUGACUGACUGACUAAUUGACACGAGCUUUUAUCUGAUUCACGUGCUUUGUUAGCAUUAAUACGGAUUUUUUGAGACUGGUGAAAAAAACUCUUUAAUUUUCUUUUAACGUUGGUGGCCGCAGAAUUUUGAAACGAGAUAAUCAUAAGAAUUCCGAAUUCUUAAACAAACUCACGUCAUGGCGAUACUCUAAAACAUUCCAAAAAUGUGAUCAAGCCGUUUCCACCGAUAAAGUAUACGGUUAUACAUAUCAUCUUUAGUCUGUUAAUAACGUACUUAAAAUAAUUUCUCUUUAAAAUCCAUUUCGUCGUGUGUGGCCAACUUUCUUUCUCACUUAACAAAGUUUUACGCAUGCUGUAUCAAUAUUAAUAGUUAAUUACCUCUAAAAUCUGUUUUGGAAAAAUUGCUACGUUAAACCGCCUUACCCAGGAUAGUGUGAUAAAAGGCAACGUACUUUUUCUCUCUUCCCUAAACGGGUAACGAAAAUACAAUUUUAAGUGUGAACGUAUCUCAGCAAAGGCACAAGAUAAAGACACAAAUGUUGUUUACGGUGAAUUAUCAAGUUCGAACAAGAGAGCGGUUUAAAUUCCAUAUUCCCAAAGAGGUAAUAAGAGCCCCCCCAUAAGCACGUUAUAUAACUCUUGACAAUAUAAUUUUUCCAAAACUGCUUAAUACUGUAGCCAAAGGAAAUUAAAAAUCUGCUUGGUACAUAACCUUAAAUCGAUUAAAUUUACAUUUUCCUUAUACUGCCAUAAUCUGUUAUCGCAAACAUCCCCUUUCUCAACUGUCAUUGGUCGAAUAGUGCUGGAAAAAUAAUUGUUGUAGCUUCACGAAGCUUUUCUUAUAUUGUACUUGAUGUACUUGAUUUAGCUUUUUCAUUUCUCGUAUCUUUUAUUUUUGCUGCUAAAAAUCCACUAGUAAUUCCUUUUUUUGUUAGAAAAACAUUUUUUAAAUUACGGGCGGUUUUCAUAUUCUUUGCAUACCCUACCAGAAAGCAAUAAUAAAAAAAAAAAAUAGUUACAUAACAACUUUUAGUUCAAACGAACAGGUGUAAAACGUGUAACGUGAUCAGUGUAAAACAACAACAACAACAAUUUGUUUACGACGUAGUUUUUCGUCGAUUUCAUAUCGUUAUAGCACGUCUCUACCUUAUACCAUGUUUGAAAGAUUGGGAUUGGUUAAAUAUGCAAUAUAAGUUGUCUAGCCAGCAUCUGUCGGUACAACAAGUGCUCUAAAUUAGUUUUAUAAGACUUGUUCAGAGUGAGACAUAUGUUGGCACUUGAUAGUACAUGGCUUGGAAAGAGCCUUUUUUAUUUGGUGGAUGAUUAACUGACAGACAUCUUAAGGCAAUUUCCCUGGAAUAGAAGUUAACAUAGUUUUCUCUCAAAGUUUAUCCAUUUUUCUUUCACCGUACUGGGACUUGCGGGUAUUCGCCUACGAGCUGCCAGGGCUUAAUCAAAACCCUUCUAUGAAUGAAUUAUUCGAAAGAAAAUGAUACUUUCGUUUGCUGAUUUGAAUCAUGGAGCAUAAUCAAUACUAGGACUAACUGGACUAAUGACGCUCAUAAUACCAUUGAUUAAGCGAAAUAAGACUAUGCACAUUCAAAUUUGCACAUGAGCAACACUUUGAGCAAGCUUUUGGUACAAUCUUAUACGUUAAGGAGGCAUUUUCUAAAUUCGUUUCCAUGCUUGCUAAGAGAAACAUUUGUUAAGUAUAUGGGGCUUGUUCUUUUUUGAGAGAUAUCCUUUUUUUCUGGAAGUAGAAAAUUUUCUCAUUCUUUCUGUGUUGGCAGCCUAUUGUUGACAGUACUAGAUAAAAAAAAAAAAGAAGAAAGGAAAGUGCUAGAUAUUUCUUUUAAUUAAUUUAUUAAGAUACCCAGUUCAAUCAGCUUUAAUGGCCACUACAUCACCUUCUCUUGAGACACCCCUGAAGGUAUCCGGUAACAAACUGGUAACCUUAAACAUAGAGGCACUGAGCAGGCAAAGCAAUUGAAAUAGCAAAGCCAACAACAAAAGGUGCUUGUAUGUCCUCUUCACACCAAACCAAAAACCACUCAGUUCAACCUUCGGUUGUCAGCUGGUCCUGGUUUUAUUUUGUUUUGAAGAAGUAGAAGUUGUUUAUUGAUGUUUGUCGAUUUUGCAGAGUGAAAUACAAUUUCAAAGAGUAGUCAACUAAUCAAACAUUUCCUAGUUACUUUCGACGCUCAGUUAUUAGUAACUUUACUACUGUAUAUGCAGUAAAGGUAAACGCAGUGCAUACCAAUAGCAUUGCAUUUGUGAACGGUUUCAUCCCUGCAGUCAAAUUAAAUCAUAAGUAGGUGGAGCAUGAAUAGCACUAGCUGUUGUAGCAGUGACUGACGUUUCGACAACCUGUACGGUGGUCAUCUUUAUAGUCAAAGUGAGUUGCUUUUACUGAAAGUCACAUCAAUCUGUUUUUGCUCGUAAUUACAGAUGAUUGCGGUGGGCUGAUGGAAGGAGAAAGUGGAAGCAUCCAGACACCACGUUAUCCUCUUGACUACCCCGUGGAUAAAGUUUGCUCAUGGAUCAUCAGACUACAACCAGGGGAGAAGGUAGUACUUUCGUUCGAGACGUUCUCCCUUGAAGACCACUUGUUUUGCCAGUAUGAUUACGUUAUUAUACGGGAUGGAUCGUCUUCCAAGAGCCCAAUGGUAGGAAAGUUUUGCGGCGAAGACAGACCAGCCACUAUAACAUCUACCAGCAAUCAUCUGUGGAUUGAUUUUCGCUCAGAUUCCUCAACUACCGCCCAAGGCUUUAAAGCAGUCUGGAAAACUGAGAAAAUUGAAAUAUCUUCCACCAGUACAAUAUCAACAACUAAGCCUUCACCUACUCCAACUACAGCAAAAGGUUUGAUUUUAAUCACCUUUUAUAUGUUAUAGUCUUGCCUGUUUAUAGUACAAAGGGAAUCUAACUGUCAGGACGUUAUAGUCCGCCAAUACUAACCCUUACUAUAACCAACAAGUACCGACUGGCCGUCGCACUGGGUAAAUUGGCAUGGCCCAAAAAUAUAAGUUUGGUAGAAAAGACAAACGGUAAACAGAUAGUAGUAAACUUAGGAGAUUUGGGAAGGAGAAGAUCACAAUAGACAAGCCACAAACUUGAACCCAUUCAAGGAACCAAAAUCACAAAAAAAUGCAUUGAUAUGUUUCGCCAAGGAUUUCGUAGGAAAAAUGAAAAAUAAUAAUGAUAAUAAAUAAUAAUAAUAAUAUUAAUAAUAAUUGAGAAUAAAAAAGCCAAGAACAAGAACAUUCUUCUGUUGAGGGGUUUCGUUUACAAACUCCUAAACAGUGGCUACGUAAAUACGGUAUACAGUGUGCACUUGCCUUUGCCAACUACACUUGAUACAUAUUCAAGUUCACAUAUGGCACAUAUAAUUGGAGUUAAUGCGAAUCUCUUGAUUUUUUAGAGUGUGGUGGCCAGAUGACAGGCGAAAGUGGUUUCUUUACAACACCAAAUUAUCCUAAAUCGUACCCAAGCAACAUGGAAUGCGAGUGGACCAUAGUAACAUCUCAUGGAUACACCAUAGAGCUUAAAUUCGAGGAAUUUAAUCUGGAAAACUCCGGUGCUUGUCUUUAUGACUUUGUUGAUGUCAGAGACGGUAGCAGCGAAUUUUCUUCUCUAAUUAACAGAUUUUGUGCAAGUAGCAUCAUUGCGCCGAUACGCUCAUCUGAUAACUCCCUGUUCAUAAAGUUUAAGUCUGAUAGCAAUGUGAGCGAAACAGGAUUUAGGGCAUCAUGGAGGAGGGUACCAUUCGGUACUUCUACCAUUCAAGCAUCUACAACGCAAAUACCCAGCACGAGAGCUGCUUCUUCUACCCAGGCAACCACCACCCAAGCAACCAGUACCCGUAAAAUAAGUACAACACCAACACCGAUAAACGGUAAAUCUUGUUUAAUAUUCAAGGUUAUUUAGAUAACUUACAAAGUACUCCCUGUCUGAGUGUCAUGAGUGAGAACAGCAAAGCAAAUAUGAGUCGACGUUUUCGGUUCGAUAACGCUAAUGUCAAUGGAAAAAGUAUCCACUAAAUGUAAUAAUAAUAAUAAUAAUAAUAAUAAAAAUUACCUAAAUAGAUAUAUUAUAUUAGAUAAAAAUGUUAUGUAUUGCAGGCACUCCUUACCAGCAAGCCAUUAUAUUUUACGUGAACGAUGAUGUCAUAUUGACGGCCGAAUUUUAGUGCCAGUUAUUUAAACGGAGUUUUAAGCCAGUGUUUAACAAAACCACGUUCUAAGCCAUUUUCAAUUGCCAAACACUUUUAUGGGAGCACCAUUUAACGUGAACAGUUUCAUUGAAGCAUAUAAUGAACACAAGGAAGAGAUCUGGAGGUCCAAAGAUUUCCUAAACCGCGGUCUAAGUUAUAGACUUCAUUUAAAUAACCGCGACCCUUGGGGUCUCACUGUUAUUCUUGCCAGUUGCUGUAUCACAAAAACCAUUAUUGAUAACGUGAUUUGUUCAUCGAUUAUGUUUACGAUAAACCAAGUAAGACGCGUUCUGCUUUCAUUCCAGCGUGUGGUGGUGUUCUUAGUGGGGAGGGUGGACAAAUAACCAGUCCAGGGUACCCCAAAGAGUAUCCACUAAAUAAGCAGUGCACAUGGGUCAUUUCCGCACCAAACGGCAAAGCUGUUAAACUUCAAUUUAAGGAGUUUGAACUCGAGAAACAUUUCAGCUGCCGCUAUGACUAUCUGGAAGUGAAAGACAGCGACGAGCAACAAAAACCUUUACUUGGAAAGUACUGUGGAGACGCGAUUCCUUCCCCUGUGCAGUCAUCUGGAAGCACCAUGUACGUAAAGUUCUACUCUGAUGGGCUAAAUGCAUAUCGAGGGUUUGCUUUAAACUGGCAUACCAUUGAUGGGCCGUCCCGCCCUCCUGGUCCAAUCAGUCCAGGUACGGAAGGUAGUGAUUUCCUAUUGUUUAUUACAAUCUGAGCCUCUGAAGUAAAUUAAGGCAUGGGUCACCAGCCAUUUUCCGUAAAAAUGAAGGAGGUGGUCUAUAAUAUGAACUGUUUAUCACUGAAGCACAAAAUACCAAAAACUAUUAUAAACCACAAACAAUAAUACUUCAGAACACACAAGUAUUAUGUAAUUAGGUCACGUGACCUUACAGCUCCACAAAGUCUCAAAAAAUCUUUAAGAAAAAAUGGGCACACUUUUCAGCAAGAGUUAUUUUACGUAACUGGUAAAAGGAAAUAGAAAAUAUAAGCCUCUACAAAUCUGCGCUUGGCAACUUUGAAAUAUCUCGUUUAUUUUGAAAAUGAACGCUUUUCCGACUAGUACCCAGUACGUUCUUUUCCUGUAAAAAAUCUUGACAUUGCCAAGCGCAGAAAUGAGAUACUUUAAAAUCAUGCAACUAAUAGAAAAAUUAAGGAAACAAGAAAAAGUGUGCCAAUUUAAGUUCGAAUCUUUUCUGAGGGUGGUGAGUCACGUGACCUCAUUUGAAUAUUUGCUGCAGGCCAAAUGGACAGAAAGUACCAGUUUAUGUGUCUGACAAGUUUUCAACCUGCUACUGCUAAUGCAUCGAAAGAUAGACCACCCCCUCACUUUUCGACUUAAUUACUGGGGUCCCAUGCCAUAUCAAGAGAGGAUAAAGGGGACAGAGAAGACAUCACCCAUACACAUCCUAUUCCUAGGUAAUUCGUCGCGAGUUAUUUUUAAGACCACAGAUCCCAAGGGGGAUUAGACAACAGCCAAUCACAUAGCGCGAAUGUGUUCCGCGUGGAUGACCCACGCUCAGAGCCAAGCGUCCUUCACGAAUUGACGCAGAACAAACUGGCGGAAGACGCGGAGAGCGAUAUUGCUAUUCGUUUUGGUCGACGAAAACGACUGCAGAGAGAUUUCUGCUAAAACUGUGUCAGCGAAACAGAAAUUAAAAACGAAUCGCCCGUCUUCUUCUGUAUAGAGCUAACAGUACAGCAGGGAAAUCCUUAACACACUGAAUAUUCUCUCAGGAUCAUUUAUAAUUUACACUUUGAAGAGAGCGAUUACUGGUUUGAUAUUUAUUCUUUUAUUAGUCUCUUAUUAUUCAGCAAAGAUAACACUUGGCGUCCUACUUGCUUUAUUGAACAAACGACCGGUUUUAAUAGACCGGCGAAAUUUCUCAUUUUAUUAAAGCACUCUGGCGGGUUACGAUAACUUCGAGUUAAACUGAUUUCACGGGUUGUCAAGGAGUCAAGCGAUUCCCUUUUCCCAGGUGAGCGCUUUCAUUGCCUUUCGCCCAACAUGUUUUGCACGGCGUUUAGGCGUGCGAAACCUUCACGAAACAUCCACGCAGCGUGCGAGGUAAUUUUAUCCCGAUUGUAAAAAUAACUCGAGGCGAAUUACCUAUGGAAUAGGGUGUGUAUGAGGGAUGCCUUCUCUGUCCCCUUUAUCCUCUCUUGGCCAUAUCUAUUCGUAGACUAUUUGUCUAUAUAUACACUCUAGCUUAAUUACUGAUGCUUUUUAACGCUUACUUCCACAGAAUGUGGUGGUAGAUUAAACCAAAUGUCUGGUUCAAUUAAAAGCCCUCGUUAUCCUGAAAACUAUCCUGAGAAUGUGCAGUGCGAAUGGGUCAUUGAGCUACCAUCACCGUAUAAAAUACGCUUGGAUUUUAUGGAACUCCAGCUGGAGAACAGUAUGAGCUGCCAGUAUGACUUUGUGCUUGUCAUGGAUGGACCCCCAGCUUCACCAGCUCCACUGGGCAAAUUCUGUGGAAACUCAACUCAAGAAUAUAUAGAAUCUAGGUCUAAUGUAAUGACGAUUUUGUUCAAGUCAGAUUCCACUAAGACAAAGAAAGGAUUUGAAGCCUACUGGUUUGCACAGCGUAGGCCUAUGGAGCCGAGCACGACAUCUUCCACAACGCCGUCAAAGUCUCCUUCUACCGAAAUAAAGGGUACGAUUAUUUUGCUAGUAUUGUUAUCGUUUUAUUUAUUUAAUUUUUUUAUCAUGCAUUUUUUUACGUAAACGUUGACGAGAAUACCCCUUGAAGAUUGGUGUUGUUUGGCACUGUUACAUGUAAGUGACAUAAACAAUUGCUCUCCUUCACAGAUGUUUAUAUGAAACAGAUUCUUGGCGUUUAACUUUAAAAUUCAGUCUGUAUUCCCACACAACAGAUUUUUUUUCCCUUUUCUUCAUUUUUUUUGGUGUAAUUCCUUUAUACGUGAACUUUACGAACUCCCAGAAAACAAAGACAUUAACUGAUUAAGACAAGCAUAGACUCUAUCACUGUCAUCAGGUCCUUUCUCAGAUAUUUGUCCUGCCAUAAACACACAGUCUAAAUAAAGGGGAAAAAUGCAUUAUACCAGCCCCCAAUGAAACUAAUUUUUGUUAUUGUAUCCCUAGAGUGCGGAGGAAACCUAACGAAACCAAGUAGUGAUCUAUUUUCACCGUUUUACCCAAUGCCUUCAUACGAACCAGCUGACUGUGUGUGGGUUUUAUCGGUAUACGAGGGAAACACAAUUGCUCUUGGUUUUAACGAAUUUGAUUUACUUGGUGAUAAAGACUGUACUUCCGAAUAUGUUGAACUGAGAGAUGGAGGAUCGCAAUCCUCGCCUUUAUUGGGGCGUUUCUGCAAGUCUGCGCCCCUGGUGGUAAUUGGUAAAAAAAGCAAAAUGUGGCUGAAAUAUCACACCGAUGGAACGGGGAGAAAGGGCUUUGAGGCCACCUGGACUACAAUGGCACAAGCACUGAAACCCAUGCAACCUAAUGGAAGUAAAGCAGGCGAUUUGGACAAUAAACAACCUCUUCCUUAUCCGCCUAGUAAGCUACUCUUGUGCAUUUAACGGUGAUCUGCGUAAAUAAGCUUCAACAGACCUUGUCACGGUCUUCGACGCCAUCUUGACGAGUAGGCAAACGCGUGAGAAAUUACAGUGUUUGUAUGAGAAUCUAAUGUCCAAUAAUUUCCGUAGAACGGCUGUUCUGAAAAAAAUAUCCAUUAUAAACUAAAGCUUCACUCCUAAGGAUUCUACUGAAAAAAAGGGAGGGAGGUGCAUGCGCUAGAAGACCUAGAACCACUUUUUUAAAAAUUUUUUAUACAUUUGUCUGUAAGAAAGUCCCGGGAAAAAUUACAGACAAACAUAUGGAAAAUCUAAAGCAAGCGUCUAGAGAAAUUUAAGCACAGGUAUGCCCCCAAAAAGUUUUAGUGCAAUCCUUUGGUUUUUUGUAGCUUUAGUUUUCAGAACAGCCGUUUUACGGAAAUUAUUCGACAUAAUUAGAUUCUUAUACAAACACUGUAAUUUCUCACCCGUUUGCCUAACUCGUCACGAUGACGUCGAAAACCUAACAAGGUCUAUUUCAUUAGACAGUUGAAUAUCACCCAUAAGUGCAAUCAGAAUCAGCUAGACCUACUGCCGAAAGGAAUUGCUGAAGUUUUGGCAAUUCUUGUUACAGGGAGUUUAAUAGGCAGAUCUCUGGACAGGGGCUUGAACCAGGGGAUACAAAUAUUGGAGACCCUUAAAUUUGACCGUGAGAACGAGAUUAAUUGCGAAUUGGGUACGACUUUCCAAACCCGGCUCGGCUGCUUUAGAUAAUAGGGAACUUUAGCAUCGACGACGGUAAUGGCAGCGAAAACGUCAGUUUUAAAAUGAAUUCCCGCUUUUUCAAUCUUUGUCGCGUUUAUUCCAAUUUGCUGAAAAUGGCAAGUGUAGGCGAAUUUCCUUGGAGUUGAUUUCUUGAGGACCGCAGUCAAGUUUAGAGAGAGAAAAAGAGAUUCGUCGUCGCUUGUUUACGUCCUUCAUAAAACUUGCAAUUAGGCAUUUUCACGUCGUAGUCGUGCAAGGACGGUAAAGAAAAAAAAAGCGUGAUCACGUGCAAAGUUGUUGUUUUGCGUAACAGACCUAUUGCCUUUUUGACGUCCUGGUUGCCGUCUCCGUCGUCGUUGCUAAAGCUCCCUGUUUCACUAUCGCGACAGUUGUGCCUGUCAGCAGCUGGAAAGCGUCGGCGUUCUUGAGACAUAAAUACAGUCGAACCUUCACUAACGGCACCAGCUCCGCAACGGCCUUGUUUGCGGACGGUCCAUACAUUCACUCUUGUUCCAACCUCUCUACUCGGUAACGGCCACCUCUCUACAAUUGGCCACUUCCUCCUGUCCCCAAGGGGCCAUUGUAGAGAGGUUCAUCUGUUGCUGGACUAGAUUCCAAAGUCGCACGAGUUUUCAUCCUUCACAUACUCAUAGUCAAAUAUAAAGAUCGCUGGUUUACUCUCGGUUAUCUUGCGACUUACGUUUUGUGAUUUUCUCCAGAUGCUAACAUUACCUGCAAUUUUACAUGUAGUUCAAUGAGAAUUGAGGACCAGAAAGAUCGCGCCAAAUGUCAUUGCCGCGAAAUGAAAGAAAAGUGAAUGAAACAAUGAGUCCCGGUGGGUUUAGCCACAAUUUAUUAAACGAUGAUAACUUUUUUUCUAACUGCUCUUGUUCUCUGUCCAGGAAAAUGUGGAGAUGCCCUUGGGUUUGAGAGUGGAGAAAUAAAGGAUGGCCAACUUUCUGUCUCUUCGGUAUGGAUGGGUGUGAACACUUUUGGCCCUCAAAAUGCACGGCUUAACAAUCAAAAAUGGCCACAAGGUUGGAGUGCCGACCCGAGUGAUCAAAACCCCUGGCUAAACGUCUCUCUCGAUGCUGAUUAUGUGAUUACUGGCAUUGCAACACAAGGAUAUGGUAAUCCAGUCUUCAGUGAGUGGGUUGAAAGCUACUAUAUUUUGUGGCUCGACUCCGAGGCCGGUGAAGUGUAUUAUCAAGAAAAUGGUAAAGUGAAGGUAGGAGUGAUCUUUUGGCAAUCAAAAUUGUUGCUUUUAAUGAUUUGAAGCUUCAGGGCACGUCUGAAACAAAAAUAUUUAUUGUGACCAUAAAAAAAUGACGUCAAAAAUUUGAAACUGCACUUUGUAGGUGUAUUUUUUUGUAGACAAGAAGGAAACGUUGCUACAAUUGCUACAUCAGUGUUCUUUAAGUUACCUUAUACAUUGUCGCUACAUGAGGCUUCUCAAAUAAUAAAACUCUUGCUGUUACAUCAUAUUAACUUGAUGUUGCCGUUGUUUGUUUGGAAGGCUUUCGAAGGUAACAGUGACCAUAAUACCGUGGUUCGUCAUAUCCUUAACCAGCCCUUUAUCACUAAACAAGUAACCAUACGACCAAAGAAGGUGAAAGGGAGCACAGGCCUUCGAAUAGAAUUAUAUGGAUGUAAACUUGGUAAGAUUUCCUUUUUGUUUGUUUGUUUGUUUGUUUUUUUUUCAGUGUGAUUCAAUCACUUGAUAUAGGAUAAAGCGUAAGUAAUAUAUAAACUAUGCAAGAUUUUCGUUGCCAGUUAAAAUUGUUUGGUUUACUCGUCAACGUAAAGUUCACAGUGUGACUUUCUUUUGUUGCGCUCUUACCAAUGCGGUAAAAAUUUAUUUUUUUCAAAGCCUUCAAUUGCAGAUUUACAUCGAUUGCAACGGUAUAAAUGUAAUCGGGAAUUUUAUUGCAUUUAGCUUGACACCGCAUCUAUAUAAUCGGAAAGAUCUGUUUUAGCCCUUAAAAAGGGCUGUUUCGGUGAGUAAAAUAUAGUUCUUCUUGUUAGGGUCUAAUUUGGCUCCCUUAAUCAGGGCCAAGACAGUCCAAUAACCAAGCGUUGAUUUGGACCCACGGGCCGAAAUGAGUCCCAGUGUGGGCUGUGAAUGGCUUUUGAUGGGGCUAUUUUGAUUUUAAGUAUUCUCAAAUGGCCCCAGGAGAGGCUGAAUCAGACUUUGACCUGCAGGGUUGAAUUAGCACCAUAGGGGUUAAACAGCAAUUACAUAUAAAAUUUUACUUAUUAUAUAUUUUUGUAGAGGAUUGCCAGGAACCACUAGGAUUAGAAAACCGAAAUAUAAAAGACGAACAAUUAACGGCAUCCUCCGCUUGGGAUAACGACAAAGAGCAGUUUGGUGCACAAAGAGCAAGGCUCAACUUGAAUCGCUGGCCUCAGGGUUGGACUGCUCAUGUAGAAGACAGGUCUCCUUGGCUUCAGGUUAAUCUGAAGAAUCCCUAUAUCAUCACGCGCAUAGCCACGCAGGGCUUUGGAGGACAUAUCAAUCAGUGGGUCAAAAAAUACCGAAUCACUUGGGAGAAUGAUGAGGGAAUUUGGUACAAUUAUUCUGUUCCUCGCCGGUCUAGGAGCUUAGCUGUCCACUGGAACACCAAGGUGAUCUUAAGUCAUAGGUUUCUCUUCACAAUAGACCUUUUUAUCGAUACGGCGGCCAUAUUGAAUUACUUAGAUUUAAGGAGUAUUACGGGAUGCCCAGAGGGUAAGAGCACAUUCAUAUGUAUUCGCUUAGUAUUUACACACACCUUUCGGCGCAUUUUUUCUUAAAGUUUUCCUAGAAUAAGAUUGUAAUGGGAAAAAAGAUCGUUGCGCCGUGUUUGGAUGUAAUAAUGAUCGCCUUUUUCCCGAGAAAUAUACAGUGAAAUACUCGAAAUAUACAGUGAAAGACCAUACUUCUAAUACUAAGCGAGUAUAACGGAUCGUGCUUAUGCCCCCUGGGCAUCCCAUAAUACCCCGUAAAUCAAAUUAAUUCAAUAUGGCCGACGUAAAAAGGUCUAUUGUUCUGUUAUUCAUUCUCUUUGGUUUUUUACUGGCGACCAAAGAGUCCCCAAUCCUAAUCUAUAGGUUGCUAUUAGGUAUGUACGACACGACUAUAUGUAGCCAGCAUUCAUUGGACUUCCGGCUUAAAAUAAAUCAUAGGGAACCUACACUCUUAUUCAAACUGCACAUGGAAAUUAAAUGAGAGAUAGAAACUCACCUGUUCUGUUCUUGAAUCUGAUGCGGAGUAAAGUGAGAUGGAAGUUGUUCUAAAAUGUAAAAACCAUGUUUGUGUCGGCGCUUUGUCCGUAAAUUUCACACGUUAAUUAAUAACCAACAGUGAAAGGUGAGAUUUUAAAAAUCAGUGGAGAGCUAGCUUGCAGGCUAAUCUCGCCCGCUCUCCUCAAAUUCUCCUAGUGAGUAGUGUAAGAGCUGCUCAUAAGGUUUCUCUUAAUUGGUCGCAGUAAACAAUGACAUGUCAUUCUUUCAAUUGUUUUAACAUUGUUUGGGGUCAGGGAAACGCACCUUAUAGUGUUGGAUGUGACAUCUUUAAGAGGGGGACAUUGGGGGUACCCAAUACCGUAAGAAAAAUUGGCAAAUACCGAAAAACCUUGUCAAAAAUCGACCAAAUACCGAUACCGCAUUCAUGAUUUGUCACGCUUACUUAAAGUUGUCUCCAUCUCGCGUGCUUGUUAAUCUCAAGCAUUUAUACACCAGCAAUCAACCUCAGCCGUUUCGAGGAAACGUGAGAAGACCUUGAAAACGAUGCCCUACCAAUUUUAUUAUAGAUUAACGGUCAGAAUUUGUGUAACUGUCAGAAUUUGCCUAGAUAGGAGAGUGAACUGAACAGUAUCGCAAUACCGUGAAGGAUCUUCUUUUACCGCGAAUACCGUUAGCCAAAAAGGUGAAAAAGCUGCAUACCUCAUGGCUAAAUGAUACCGCAGUACCACACUUAUAAAUAAAAAUUACCGAAAUGUGGCUUCAAAAAAAAAGCUCAAUACCACAAUACCGUAAGCCCCCACGUCCCCCUCCUUUAAUUGUUUUGCGUUGUUUAAGAAAAAAAGAUCAUUUUCAUAGGCACACUCUGAAGUACAUCUUUUCAAAUGAAAUGCUACGUAAUAUUGAUGAUAGGGACAAUGAUAAUUAUGAUAUAAAAAUAAUCGGUUUAUUAGGGCGCAAUUAGCGGCUCCUUGUGCCGAGUUUCAUAACUUUCAUGUCUAGAUAUGAAUACCAAUAGGUACAUUCGUCUUGCUAGAUAACUAUCCUUAAGCUUGAUCAAUUUGGUGAGGUCAUUGACAGGUAUCUCUUUAUGUUCUGUGAAACGCCCACGAAAAAAAUAUACACCAUAUUACAUGUAAGUGUGAUUUAGAACGAAGUCUAAACGUAGCACAUUACAUAGGACUAUUUUGUAAAGAAAAUCUUCUUAUUUCUGCAGAUAUUUAAUGGCAAUAAAGACAAAAACUCAGUAGUGUCCCACAAAUUGCGCAGCGCCAUCAAGUCGAGCGCUGUCCGGUUUUGGCCUUUGAUGAAACGUAACUUCGUUUCCAUGCGGACAGAAUUGUAUGGUUGUAUGGCAGGUAAGUGUAUCUACACAUCGAAAGUAGUAACACGUAACGUGUAUUAUAUAAACAGAAAUCACCUAGGAUAAAGGGAUGUAGUAAAAAAUGCAUGGGUGAAUAAAGCUAGGUGCACACUUAUAUCAAUUCAUGAUUGACUAUUACGAUUUACGGCUUGGUUAAAUGUCAAUUUUGAUAACGUGUUCAGUAUACAACACCACUUCACUCAAGCAAAGGCAAAACUUUUUACGACCAUCUGCACUUACCGAACUGGUAAAAAAGUUCAACAUUGCAAUAAACGUCUAAGGUACAAUCGCUUGUAUACUAUUCUACUUUGAUAGUAUUCCUUUUAAGCUGCAGUUCAUAAGGAAAAAAGAUAGCUGGUAAUGAACGCAUGUAUAUUCUCUAUACUCUGAUAACUAAAUACAUUGUUCGUAAAGGCGACAAAUCAAGAAUGUGAACAUUGUCUGCUUAUACAGCAUGACUGUGUAAUAUAAGGCUGUUACUCUCAGUGCUCUCUCUUUCAGUCUUCUUACACGUAUGAAUGUUUCUUUUAAAGUAAUUUAGGAAGGGAUGUCUUGGUGAGGCCAAAUUUAACCAUAGCAUUUAAUGUCUGAAUAUGUCUAUUCUGUUUCUCCAUUUACAGAACCAUCGAGUUCUGUUACCAAAUGCAAAACAACUGGUAGGGAAAUGAGUGGCGAAUCUAACCCACCCAGUAAAAAAGACUGUCAGUGGCACGUUACCUCAACAAAAGAAAAGGGUACAGUGACUCUUAAAUUCACAGCUUUUGAUUUCUUCAAAAGUGAUCCAUUAUGUAACAAGGACUUCGUCGAAGUGAGGAACGGUCUAACCAAACAUGCUCCACUGAUUGGGAAGUACUGCGGAAGCAAGCUGCCCUCCCCCGUGCAGUCCUCAGGAAAUGGUCUCUGGGUGCGUUAUGUGGUGUCUGGGGAGAUAAAGACUAAAGUGGGCAUGACGUACCACGAUGGACCUGUAAAUUUUCAGCCGGGUGGUGUACGUGAUAAAGGUAGGCCAGUUGAAAAUGCAUGAAAAAUGCGCAUUCAUCAUGAAGUAGUUUUCUUCGCACAUGUUUAUCACCUAGCACUAAAUCGUUCUGCUGAAAUAGGUGUCUCCAUAAACUUCAAUCUGUGUUUUGAGUGUGACGUAAAUAGCCCACCUUCUUAGUAGAUACCCACCGUGCAUGGAAUAACUUUUUACAUGUAACUGGCAAGUAAAGUGUUAUUAUUAAAGUGUUGUUUCAUAUACGCGGGUUAGUGUAACAUUGUGUAUUAAGAGACGAUGUUGGGAUAUCUUUUCAUUAAAUUUCACCUGUAUUAUAUAAAAAUGUAAUUUUUAAUUUUAAAAUUUGCCUUGGUCUGUAAGGUUGUGGGACUCGACAUCAUUCCAAUCCUCCAAGUCAGCUUGAUGGAAGUGUGUCCAAACAAUGGUCCGGGCAGUGGCCCUGGCAGGUGGCUCUUUUACUCAUGGGGCAGUCAGUUCAGCAGUGUGCUGGCGCCCUUAUUGCCCCGCAAUGGGUCCUCACGGCAGCUCACUGCUUCAAAAGGUAUUAAAUAAUAUGAAAAAUGGGAGAAUUCCUUUUUUUUAUCAUUUGGCAAGGUAAAUACAGGACUGAUUUGCGUUAACGACACCCAACUAUGAAUCCAAGGCUACUAUUCUUUCUGUAAAAAAACAAACAAACAAAAAAAAAAAAAUCAAGUACAGUAGAUGUCAUUACUGCACUUACUUUACCAUUCUGUUUUUUCCAAUACAUGUUGUACAUGUUGAAGUUAGUAGCACUGUUAUGCAUAAUUUAGCAUUCUGACUCAGUACAUUCAGUUGUUUCUAGAAAGAGUACUGUAAUGGAGUCAGAAAAUCAGAGAUUCCCAAAAUGUGUCCCUGUUGUGUAUGUGGCUGUCAUAAAAAAGCACGAUUCUUCCGAAAUACUUUCCAAGGUUUUAUCCAAUGUACACAUAACUCUCGAGUGUUGAUUUCAGUUGCUCCUGAAUAAAUUAACUCAACUUAUUUAUUUAUUUUUUAUUAUUACUGUUUAGGUUUAAGCAACCGACUCAAUGGGUUGUUCGCGCUGGAGAGUUUGACCUUACGCUAAACGAAGGUUCUGAGCAAAACAGAAGAGCUGAAACAAUAUAUAUUCAUUCCUCUUACUUACCUAGUUCAAACGAAAAUGAUAUCGCCCUGGUUUACCUGGAAAGGCCAGCGGUCAUCAACGACAAAGUACAGGUGAUAUGUCUUCCUAAACGGGGUGACUUACAGUCUGAUAGCACCUGUGUUGUAGCUGGUUGGGGCUCUACACCCAACUUUCAUCACCUUUCUGCUCCUUUGAGGUCGCAGUCUGUGCCCGUUGUGUCCCGUGAACAUUGUAACAGAGCUAGUUCCUACGGCGGCCUUGUAAAAGAAGGUAUGAUAUGUGCGGGGUUCGAGCAAGCCGGCAGAGAUAAGUGUUAUGGAGAUGGAGGCGGUCCACUUAUGUGUCAGAAUAUUCGAGGAGGGUGGUUUGUCGGUGGAAUUAACAGCUGGGGACAAGGAUGUGGACUUCCUGGCAAGUAUGGUGUGUACACUUUUACGGAGAAGUAUCGAGACUGGAUUGAUAGACAUAUCCAAGCAAACUGAUUGAAUCAGUUUAGGAAUUAAAAACCAACACUAACUCUUUCGAGUCUGACAAUCAAAGCGUGGAGUGAUUGACGCACUAUUGACAGAGGCAAAUAGCCGCCGAAGCAAGUGCCAACAUUAGUCUAAGAUUGGGCACCCCAGUAGAAGAAAUCGUAAAGUCAUUGGCCCUUUGAUGUGGAGAAAUGUUCAUAAAGAAAUCAUGCGAUGUUUUUAAAAGUUUGCAUAUAAUUAAAUUAAUUUUCCAGUUGAAUCGGUAGAGACUGCUAUUUUUCUUCCCAAAAGACACAGCGGACAAAGAGGACUGUCCAUCAGAUUCCAAGGAUACGUAAUAUGCCAAGACAAUUUCAAUUCCACAUAGACAAAAACUUGCCUUUUAAACUCUCAAAAAAGACCUGCUGUAGUUUAUAUCUUGUCUUGCUAAGGCAGGAACAUUUUAUUUAGAAUCAAUAUCCAUGUGCUUGUUAGCACAUCGAUAACUGUGAGGUAUUUUGUCGCGUUGUUGUUGUGAUGAUAAAUAAGUCAGUAAGGAUAUUUUUACCAACGAAUUAUAUCGACUGGCUCCUCUUUCAAGGUAUGCGACAGACUUGUUAGAAAAAUAGUUAUAUUUACAGUACAAUGAACGUUAAGGAGUGGCUUGAUUCUUUCCUACUUUUAGUUUGCUUGUUUGUUUCAAGCCAUAAGCUUUAGCAUAAGUGUGGUGAGAAAUGAAAACUGACCCUCAACAGAGGGUAAUUUGUCAAUUAAAUAUAAGCAGCUAGAAAGCAAGCUUUACGUACUCAGCCUGUCCUAUUCAGGUUAGCUCUGACACAUAUAAAUAUGUUCUGCAGAGCUCUUUGUCAGUUUUCUGCUUGAGGGAGGAAGAAAGCUUUCUCGCUUGUUUCCUAUCGGAAAUCCCGGGGAGACUUGACUGCAUUUUAGUUUCUGUUACUUGCAUCCGUAUGACCUAUCAACGACUACAUCACGAUAGUCGCUAUCAUCCCCAUAACAAACAUUUUUCGGUGCUUCUCUUUUGCUGUAAAAAUACGUUCACAAUGCUUGGGUCACCGUAAUAUCGUUUAAUUUGAUCACAGAAAAUUUUCAAAUGCUACGUCAGAAGACUCGUUUGUUCUCUUCAAACUGACUUUUAAAAUUGUUUGUGUUAUUGUUAACUUAAUAUCGGAGCUGCUCCUGUAAGAAAUUAGAAAUUGAGUAUAUCUGCUGCACGAUCUGUGAAUUAACUAGCUGCCAUUACCAUUAAGCUUUAACUUACUACUAAUCCUUUUACUGACCUUCUAAGGUCCCCUGCCUUGUGCAGGCAUUUCGGUGUCAAGAGGAACAUAAUUUAAUCGCACAAAGAAUUUUGAAAACACAUAUUUAAUGUUUUGUACAUGUUGAAGUAGAUUUUUUAUCACUCAACUUCUUCAUUAAGGUUUCCCUGCACACAUCAGGAACUUUCAAGGACCAUCAUUGGUCGGGAUUCGGUUUCGAAAAAGAGUUUGAAUUUACUUCUCAUUGAUACAAAAGAGGAAGACUCAUAUAUCGAGUACUAACACCUAGGCUGAAGAAUUGAUACAGGAUAGCACGAUACUGAGGUGCUUUCGGUUUGAAAAGAGAAAAGGCAGAAAGUAUUGUGCAUGUUAAAAAUAGUGGUGUAUCCUUAUUUUUAUGCGCCAGGAAUUCGUGAUCAAGAGAUUGAACAACUAACAAGCAAUAACUGAUAUUGUUCAUGAUUCAAAUUUACUCACCAUCGAUAAUCACGACAGAUAACGAUCGUUGCGUUUUGAUCGACUACGCUCACCCGAUAAAAGGUGAAUUUCGAUCUAUUCACAAGGCCAAAAGUCACCCCAUGAAUUUGUUUGUAGUCAUGCCGUUAUCUUGAAUACAUGUUUUGUCACGACUGCACUGCUUUAUGGUCCGGAUUGAAGUGGGAUUAACAGGUUACCGGAUACACGUAUUAGCGGCUCCUUUGCGGGCUAAUUUACUUCGCCGUUUCUUGCGUAAUUUUGUUUCCUUCGCGUCAACUGAAGUCUUGUUUAGCCGGAUACAGGAAAGGACCAAGUAAUUAAAAGUACCUGUCAUCAUCUAAAUUUCAAUCAAAGAAGCGAACUUGGUCGGUUCUACAAUUCUCAAUAGCCAAUAUUCUUAAGCUCAUUUCUUCCCAAGCUCAAGCCGUCUAUUUAUCACGCGUCUGGGGUAAGUGGAGAACAUUGUUAGUUGUGAUGCUCUUUGGUAGUUACUUUCUUAAAAACUUGCCCUAUCAGCGAUAACUUAAGCGAAAUAAUAGCCGUUAAUUACCUAGAUAAAAUCCUUUCAGUCGAUAGUUGCAUGAUAUAUGUUGUCUAAUAUUAUUUAAGUGUUGCUCUUGGCUUGCAUGUGACCACACUGGCAAUGGCAAGUUUUUUUUCAUGGUAUUUUCGUUUGCCAACACGUUUUGGUUGGGCAGCGCCGAUAAAUGCUAAGAUGCCAGUAAUAUUAUCAAAUAGUAUUGGAGUAGGGAGAUAACAUUAAAACAUAUUUGUUUUCAAGCGAUAAUAUAGAGAAACCGUGCAAUGUGCAAUGUAUAAGAAACUUAGGAGCUUUAUUUACAGGCUUUGUAAAUAUGACCUAUUUGAAUUCUCCGUCUUGAAAAAAGAUCACUGAAAUGGGUAUAACCGUCUGUAACAAAUUAAGGCAAAUCACGUCUCUUCAUCAACAUUCAGCAGACAUUUAAAAAGGCGCAGAGUCAAAUCAUAUUAAUGAUCUUUUAAUACUUUCCGGAUCAUUCCUUCAUUAAUAAUUACUUUCCUAAUUUCAGUUUAUUUCCGUUUCAAUCAGCGCAACGCAUCUAGGUAACAAGAACAUGCCGUAAACCUUUCUCAAGACAACAGCCAAUUUCUCUAUUCUUUGCAGCAAUAUAGAAACAUAAUCAGUGCCAAAUAGCUGUCCAUUAUGAGCUCUGACCAGUUCAUGAUAGGCGUCACAUAUCAGCUCUUCCUCGCCAAAACAUAUUGAGUGUUUUAUUUGUCAGAUUUGGUUGAGAAAAUUCUGUAACAAGUAGACGCUAAUAGAUGUCGUUUUUAAUGCGAUUUAAGUUAGUUAUUGGGCAAAGAGGAAGUGUACUGAUAAUUAGUCUAAUUGUCUGCAGUACAUCCGUACAGUGCCUUUCUGUUAGCUUCUGUUAUGCAGUCAUCGCUUGUCAGUGAUGAGCGGAGCCUUAGUUACCAUAUAAUCCUUUCUCAUUACUAUCCGAUUAGGAAAGAUCCUCUUUGUAACUUAAUAUCCUCGUUCUCUCACUGUUGCUGUUGCCUUUGCUAUUGUUGCCGCUUUUUUUUUUCUUUUUCACUUUCACGUUGUAGACCAAAAAAAAAAACAAAAAAAAAAAACAAAAAAAAAAAAGAGAAAGAGAGAAGGAAAGAAAGGGAAAAAGAAAGAGAGAAGGACAAACUCUCCUAUUACAUUUUUUCUUUCCCGGAUAUCCUCGGUUAUUGACGUAUGUGCAGUGUGGACAGGGGUUGAAUUGUGAUUUUCAUUUGAUACUGAAUUCCUGGCCUGUACAUGUUUCUAGCAGCAAAGUUAUUGUACAACCUAACAAACCAGAAAUAAGGAAAUAUAGAAGUGUAGUUCAAACGUUAUAAUAAAUGCUAUGUUGUUAUUUGGCUAAAGUAGCUCUGACCACCUGACGAAAUCGCCUUUGGGAAAGAUGGAAAAUGAGUCAUGAGUUCAGUACAGAGUGGUUAGAUACAAAGUGGGCCGGCAGGAGUCAACUCUUAGAAGUAUUUUAUGCCAAACAGGGUAGUUUUUUUUCUUUUUUCACAAAAUGAAGAUGCUUGAAAACUAAAGUUGUAGCAGUAGAAUAAAAAAAAAAUUGGAAGGUAGCAAACUCAGUGGUUGAGCAACAGGUAUUACAGGUAUUGCAUGCGUUUUAUAAUACGCUCGCCCAUUGAUAAAGUUUGAGCCACGGCGGUCUCAAACUGCAAGUGAUUUUAAACUUGAUACAUAAGAACGGGAUUCGUUUAGUUUCAAUUUGUGCCGUGGUUGUAAUUCUCAGCAUACGCGGCUUCUAUAAGUUCACGAGUGGGGUCAUCGAGGAGAAGAGAAACUCAAAUAUUUCUUUCGGGCGAUUUUACUAUUGUGUGUGGAGUACCAGCGAUUCUGAUUUGCUAUUGGGCAUUAUUAAUCGAGUACUUCAAAGUCACUAGCCUUUCAAAUAGAUAUUAACUCUCUUUGGAAAGAGGAUAUAUGUUUUUUUCUAGAAUGCUUUUUUUCGUUGUUCUAGAAUACUUCCACGCUUUUCGAGGCCUCCGUUAUAUCUGCUGAAAUUUGAAGACUGACGCAAGUCCUUCGAAGAUCCCGCGGGUUGUUCAUUCCGUUUUUCUUUUUAUUGUCAGUUUAAACGCGGUUUGCAUUCGAGAAGCAAACAUCGUGCUACUACAACUCAGUAUAGGGUAGAUGUCUUACAGUAGAAAGCCGCCAAGGUUUGUUUUUUAUUGUUUUUGAAGAGGCGCGUAAUUAGUCUGAUGUUUCUGUGCUGUUUAUGAACCAUUCUUUGCAUCCUGAUUUGCUUCAACCAACAGACAUGACAUAGAUACCUUAUACUAAUAAUACAACAAGCUAGUUUGGAAUCAUGAGUUAAUUCAUUUUUGGGAAUACCUUCGCUUAAUGAUCUGUUAUGCUACUGUCGUGUCACUGAACACUUAAGAUAUGUUGGCUUCUGGACUGUUUUCAUGUUUUUCAGGUUUUCUUGUUGACCAAACUGAUUGACGACCAGAAAGACAGUUUAAUCAGAUUUCGUUGUUUGUUUUGCUUAAAUUUUACCGCAUUUUCGUGACAAAAGCGAGGCUUUGUGUCUUUUUAAUUUCCCUUCUGUCUUAGCAAUAACUUUCACUCAUGAUUGUCAGAGUUUGUUUCAAGGCUCUGUCUGACAAUAAAGGAAAAAAUAAACAAGUCUGGCGGCUGUUCAAAUAAUUAACCAUGCCCCGAGGUAAGCGCCAAAUUUGACGGUCAUUUCCAUUUCUAUUAUUCUUUCCAAGUAGGUAAUAUCUGUUAAAGCAAGUCUACAAUUCUUUGUCGAUAUUAGGAGUUUCGAGUAAGCUCCCCCACGCGCCGUACCGAUCAAUCUUAAGAUACCUAUAAGUAAUAAACACAAACCAAGUACAGCUGGAACGUUCUGGUUAAAGACUUUGGAAUUCUUUUAUGACAAGAAGUGAGCUCGAAUGGGAAGCCAUUUUGGGUAAAUGUUCUUAUAGUGACUAGUCCUUGUUUGGGCCAUGGAAUGUAAAACAUGAUUGUCAUAUCUAGCACAUUGUACGAAACGAUUACACUUAAUUAUAAAACGUUUUGUUAUGGUAAUUUAGCCACGCUCAAAAAUUUCUAACUUUGUCGUCUCUUUAUUUAGAACAGUGGGUCAGUGCGUAAGUGAAAUGACGGAUUCUUCCUUGCUUCCAAGUGGGCAGAAAUACCAGAGAUUUGGCCAUUUGAAGUCAGUUAGCAGUGGCCUUCGAACAGGAAACGUUGAAUAAGGCGAGUAGACAUAGUUUAUAAUCAUACGACACUCUAACACCCAUAACUAGAAGUCCGGUUAAUGCCCUUCAAUUUUUCAACUAUCCACACGAGAGCACGUUGUUUUAUUUUAUUAUAAUUUUAUAAUUCUUUAUCGUUGAUGGACUAAAUUGUCGUGUUUAAUUUUGUGCUUUUUCUACCCGUUUACAGAUUGCCCAGACUUAAUUGUGAUGGAACUGUCACAUUACCUCGUGUACAUCCUCCUUUCAAUGGUUACAACAACAAGUAGUUUUCCAAGCGAGAACAGAGAUUUCAGUCUUGGCGCAUCAGACUACAAUACUGAUGAUGACACCUUCGUCAUCAACAUUGCUGAAGACAGUGACACAGCUGACGAUCUUGCUAAAAGAGUCCUUUCUGCACUUUCUGCGCUGAACAAUCGUGCCAAUCGCGUUCCCAACCAACAACGAGGGAAGCUCUACCGAGCGAGAAGAGUGCGAAGGAAGACUUUAGGAAAGAAUGAGCGAGUACAAAUGAUAUUUGGAAAGGACGAACGAGUGAACUUGUCGUCAUCUCGAGAGGCACAAAUAUAUCCAUACUACACCGCCGUGAUGCUUUCUUCCGGAUGCACUGGAACGCUCAUUGGACCUCAGCACGUGCUAACAGCCGCACACUGCGUUCACAAUGGCAAAAAGCGUUUAAAGAAGGCUAAACAUCUCCAAGUUGGUAAGUGCCUUCUAUUGUGCCACGAAGUUGUUUUGUUAUCGGUUAUUAGAUUUAGAGGUGAUACCAUAAGAUUGACAAAUUAGUUACAUCAUAUUCCCCUUCAAAAAGUAACUGUGAAGGCAUUUUGGUUAGAUAGCAAACUUAAAUAAAACGAAGGUGAAAUUGAUUUUUGUAUUUAUCAAGAUUAUUUCCAGUAACGGGAUAAUUUAAGGAGUGAUUAUUAGCCGGAAAGGGCUUCUCCAAAUCGAUUUCAAUAUGGUUGUUGAGUGCUACGUCAUUUCAGUAUUUCAGCGAUUGAUUAUUUACGUAAUUCGUAAAAUAGACCACUGAAACUGCAUUUCUUUUGUAUUGCGGAACCCGCAGUCUACCAGCUUGUCAGCUUGAAAAUAUAGACAUUACACUUAGCGACGUUUGUUUUGAUUUGUCGUUAAUAACGCAGAACAGUAACACCAAAUAUUGUUGAAAUUACUAGCCCGCAAAUUGCCAACCAAGCGUGCAUGGAGGCGUAAAACAUGUAUUGUGCUAUAACAUUGUAAAUAACCUAAAAGUCUUUAUUGCACUGCUAUGAUUAUACACUUGAUGAAACUGGAAAAGUCACUCUCUUUGUUGAAACUAAGGUUUUACUCUUGUUUUUCUAUCUGUGUUUGUUUGUUUUGGUUUUUGCGGUCUUUUCUUUGGUUAUCGUUGGAUUGUCCUAGUGUCAGCAAAAACCUCAACGUUUCAAAGUAUCCGAACAAUGCGAGAUGGCUCUUGCCAUGCGACCGUGCGUGAAACAGAGGUUAUUGUCCUAUAAAGAGUGUUAUUUUUUUAAGAUGUGAUUACUAAAAAGAAGCUUACUUCCAACCGUGGUAAUUAGGCCUGAUUUGCGUUAAAAUAAUAAUAUUAAAAAACUCCCUAGUUUUUGGCGUCAGUCAAUCUAGGACCAAGAAGACGCCUUGCGUUUUGUGGUUAAUAGUACUUAGGUAAUGUCUUAUUUUAUCUUUAUCGAACUACUGUUAUCAGAACAAUAUAAAAACACAUUUUUUUUGCUCUUAAGGCUGAAAAGAACAUAUCUUCUAAAUUUUAAUAACCAAAUGAUGUCUUUUAAUGUUACUAAAAAGUUUGGAAACAUGUUUGACAUGAGGCAAAGAUACAGCAGGUUCCAUUCGCGUGAAAUAAUUUAAUUUCGUGUUAGGCUAAAAGACAAUUCUGCCUAACUUAGUAUAGAAAUUUCAAGACCCAGAAAAAAAUUUUAGACUAAAACGAAUAUUUCGUUCACCAUCGCUCGAACUUCAUUCAGCGAUGUGAAAUAGUAUGUUACGUAAAAGAAAGGUUGUUCACGUAUCCCCAAGAGAAGCUAAGAGAGGGUUGUAAAUGGCUGGUAGGUCCAUUCCCUCGUCCCUAUUCAGAGGGGGUUUUCAUUGUUUGACAGCAAUGGCCUCCUUGACGCGGCGCUCGAUGGUGUUCUCCAGGGCUGGGGAAAAACAUAUUAUUAUUAAAAUUUUGCCUUAAAUCUUACACCAGUUCGAUCUUAUUUUGAAAGUCAGCAAAAUAGAAAGCGCUAAUCAGAUAAAUCAUUCCAGUUUUACAAAGAGUAUUGACUUCACACAGCGGUAUAUUAGUGUUAAUUGAAAAAUUCGAUAAAAUCUACUUAAAUACUAAAUAUUGUUUUUCUACUUCAGUGCCAAGAGUAUAAUUUUACCCAUGUUUAUUUGGAGGCCAUUUGUCUCUCAUGGAAAUAAAUACCCACUAUAUAAGAAAUGUUUCAGGCGCGAAGUUUUCACGGUCUAAACGAGGUUCGAAAUUGAGCUUAUAAAUCCUUCCUUUAGUCCUUCACUUCUAAAGUGUAGUUUACAUGUAAGCGGUAUUCAAGGGUAAGAUACCAUAACCGAGUGAAUGUCCCUGCGGCCUAUAUGUAAAGGUUUCCUUAAUUCUACCGUUGCCGUUGAAUUAAAGGACUGCGUCACGGCGGUUUAGUCCAUUUUGUCUGCAUUGGCCAGUUACCCGCUGUGGAACUUUAGGAAGAAGUACUUCUGAAUUUGAAAAUCACAGUUUGAAGACAUAAAGCAAGAGUAAGGCUCAAGCAAAAUAGAUAAUUAGUUCUCGCACCCAACUCAAUUCUCUUUUAUCCGGUGCCGUCUUCUCUAUUUCCUUUUAUUUAAAUGUUCUCAGGAUGGCUUAAGCGUUUAUAUGAUUUAACCCCCAAGUCUAAUGUCCAGCAUCUUGAAACGGCAAAAUCUGUUGGUUAAACUAUUGUCACCAAAGCUUCUUUUAAGUCCUGAUCGUCUUAUUCACUUCGCAGGUUUUCUUCAGCACUCGGGAAGGUUUCACUGGAUUCGCGUGCAAAGGAAGUACAUUCCCAGGAAAUGGAAAGAGCAGCCCCCACAAAAGGACAGACUUAGAUACGAUUUUGCAGUUUUGAAGCUUAUUCGGAGACAUAACAGGCAGCCCAUGUCAGUCAGCAGCAGCAGCCUUCUCCCUGGAUCAAGAAUUCAGUUUUCUGGUUUCCAUGGCGACAAGGCGUACAAUUCGUUGUGGUUCACGAGAUGCCGCGUGAAGGGAAAAUCUAAUGACAUGAUCUUUAACCGCUGUGAUGGAUUCAAAGGCAUCUCAGGCUCUGGUGUUUACGUGGGCACUCCUCGUGGUGAUGAAAACGUCGUUGUUGGCGUUGUUUCGGCGAUAGGGAGAGGGACCGUGAGAGGCAGAAUGAUCCAGUUUAAUCUGGUUAAUUCCUUGACCAAACCCAAAGUUAAGCAAAUUUCAAAAUGGGUUGCCAGACGCUAAGCUAUCAAACGACUUCGUCCUCGAAAUAAAUUCGAGGUGAAAGUAUCUCGAGGAACACAGAAGCACAACGCAGAAAGUAACUGGAAGCUAAUAACUAUACUUAUAACUCUUCUGAGUGUUUCUGAUAGAAGUAAAAAGUGAUCAGAAAGAAGCCUUACUAUAACAGCCUAACUUAAUAGCUCUCUUCCGCUUAUGUUCACUCCAAAUUGCUCACCAGUUAUUACAAAUCUCUGGUGCAUGUCAAACGCACCUCGUUAAGAAAAUUUAAUAAGCGAUUGUAGGCGUUUGUACAAAUGAAACGACGUGUCAUGCAGUAGAAGUAAAUGUUCAAGCACUUGAUUCUGAAGAAACUGACCAUUGGCGCUUCUGUAUUAAUAUUUUAGAAGGUGCUGAGGAUCUUCAUACUUUCUUAUACUUGGUCAUGGGAUGCUUUUUUUGUAAAUUUUGUAAAUCGGAGGACAAAAGAAAAUGUUAAUUGAGUAGUAUUUAUUAUAAUUCACAAGCACUCUAAUAUUUUUGGUUUAACCAUAGACGUCAGGUUAUAUUCCUUAUGUGGUUUACAAUAAACAAUGUAUAACAAUGAGUUGCAAAGCAUGGACAUAAAUCCACAAUCUAAUUUGUCUUACUGUACAAACACAAACACUUAUUGCAAAUCUUCAAAGAAGCACGGACUUAAAUAAUAAAACUGUUAAAGGCGUGGUCGCGUAUACUUUUUGAAGCAACUCUAAACGUCCCGGCUUGCGUUGUAGCAUAUAAAGGUACCGAUGUCCAUUAAACAAAAGUGAUUGUUUGAGUUGAAGUAAUAUUGAAUACCUCUAUGCAUGUGUAUAUACAGUACUCAACAGCAAAAUAUCAUGUUGAUCCCACUUUGAUGGCGACAAAGAGAUUAGAUUUGCAGGAUUAAAAAUACUGACCUUUUCC